ACCUCCACAGUACAAUAUCAAAAGUCAAAGCCAGAGUUCCAGUUUUACGAACGAUUUUCGCAGAGCAGAAUUGGUACGUGUGAGAGAUGAGAGGAACGACAAUUUCGCCAUCAAACCAUUGGCAUCUCCAUACGCAAAACAGUCCCAUAAAACAAAUAGACAGAACAAUCAACCUAAACCCACUUGUUCAAUUCAACAAGAAGCAAAACCCAUCAAAUGGAAGACACCCACUUCUGUCUUUUGCCAUAAAUCCCUCAAAGACACAGACCCCAAUUACCCCAAAUCCCGGCACAAGCCCACCACUUGUAGUUUUUGGAUCAGCCAAUGCAGAUAUCUAUCUGGAGAUUGAGAGGCUGCCGGAGGAGGGUGAGACCAUCUCGGCCAAGACCGGCCAGACACUUGCUGGAGGCAAGGGUGCCAACCAGGCUGCCUGUGGUGGCAAGCUCUCUUACCCAACCUAUUUUUUGGGCCAGGUGGGUGAGGACGCCCAUGGGAAGUUGAUCAUUGAGGCUCUGGAAAAUGGUGGGGUACGACUGGAUUAUCUUAAUACUGUGGCCGCCGCACCCACUGGGCAUGCUGUGGUGAUGCUCCAGUCUGAUGGGCAAAACUCGAUCAUCAUUGUUGGUGGUGCCAACAUGAACUGUUGGCCUGAGACUAUUUCUGAGGAGGCGUUGGAGGUGGUGAAGAAUGCUGGGAUUGUUUUGCUGCAGAGGGAGAUUCCAGAUUCGGUCAACAUUCAGGUUGCGAAGGCCGCAAGGAGUGCUGGGGUUCCAGUCAUCUUGGACGCUGGGGGAAUGGAUGCACCAUUCCCACAAGAAUUAUUAAAUUUCAUUGAUAUUUUAAGCCCAAAUGAAAGUGAACUUAGUCGUUUGACAGGAAGUCCAACUGAAAGUUUUGAGCUGAUUACUCAAGCUGUUGGUAAAUGCCAUAAAAUGGGGGUUAAGCAAGUCCUUGUAAAACUCGGGGCCAAAGGGUCUGCCCUUUUUGUAGAAGGUGAAGAACCGAUUAAACAACCUGCCAUAUCUGCUGCAAAGGUCAUUGAUACCACUGGAGCCGGAGAUACUUUUACUGCAGCUUUUGCUGUGGCUCUUGUAGAGGGCAAGUCCAAAAAGGAAUGCUUGGAAUUUGCUGCCGCAGCAGCUUCUCUCUGUGUUCAAGUGAAGGGAGCUAUUCCUAGCAUGCCUGAGAGGAAAUCAGUUUUGGAUCUUCUUCAUUCUCAGGUUACUGAUAUUCGUCAUAAGUGAAAAUUUAGAUGAACUUUUUUCUUCAGAACUGUCUUCCCUCCCUUUCCUGGGGCAGGUUCUCAUUCACUCGAUCGUACUAUCUUCUCAAGAUCUUUUCAGACUCAGUACUUUUCAAAACUUCCCCUCAGGAAAUAAAAUAUUUCUGGUUUAUUGUGUGGAUAUGUCUACAUUGUAUGCAAUUUGCUCAUUACUAACGUUUUCUCAUAUAUCUAGCCCCUUUUAAAUUA